AUGUUUAAAGUUCAAGAUCCAAAUAUUCGUGCGUCAUCGAAUUUUCUUUUUGAAAAUGUUAAUAAAAUAUUAUCGACUUUUGUACCUGCAAAUCGUCGUCCGGAGAAUUUCCAAUUACACGAAGCAAUAAAUGUUAAAUCUAAUGGAACAAUUACUUUUUCGGAUAAUAAAUCAAACCGAGCACAAUUCAUUCGCAUACCACCGGAUGCUUCUGUUUCGCACGUUAAAGAACUAAUGCACCGAAAAUGGUGUACUGAACGACCAUCACUUGUUAUCUCAAUAACAGGCGGAGCAAAAGAUUACAAUAUGAAACCAAGAUUACUACGAGCAUUUCGACGUGGUCUUCUUAAAGUAGCAAGUACAACAGGUGCUUGGAUAAUUACCGGAGGUAUGAAUAGAGGCAUUAUGAAGCUUGUUGGUGAAAUUGUUCAAACAAAUCCUAAUCGUUCACGUCCAAUACAUUUAAUUGGUAUCGCUACUUGGGGUUGUGUAUCGGGCUUUCAUCAACUUGAUGUUCACGGAGCAAAUGUACACUAUGUUAAGCCACGUGCAGAAGAAAGGGGUCAGGCAUCUCUUGAACCUAAUCAUACUGAGUUUAUUUUUGUUGAUGAUGGAAGUGAACGAAAAUAUGGACGUGAAAUAACAUUUCGUGCCAAUCUGGAACAACUUAUUUCAGGAGACUUUUUUGCAGCUCGAUCUACGCCAGCGCUCAACAGUUCAUUGCAACCGUUGUCGGGAGCGACAUCGUUACGUGCAGAACCAACAGAUCCUGUACCUGUUGUUCUUCUCGUUGUUGAAGGUGGUCCAAAUACUGUUCGAACAGUACAUGAAGCUGUUGUCCAAAAUAAUAUACCUGCUGUUUUUAUUGAAGGAACAGGUCGUUGUUGCGAUUUAUUUGCUGAAGCAAUACAUCUGUACAACAAAUAUCGUGCAAAAAUUGAGUCCAGCGAAGCAAAUUCACAUUCGGAUCCAGCCACUAUUCAAAGACAUAAUGAUGAAUUAAAAAAUAAACUGCGAGAAGCACUUAAAGACAAAAUUCUUGAAAUUAGUGGCGCAGGUGAUGCAGCAGGAGGUGGUGCUAAUAAAAAACCGUCAAAGCCUGUAGGAUCUACAGGCGAAACGAAGCGACGUGAAGGAGAUUCCACCGAUUAUUUUGAAUUAGUUUAUCAAUGUAUUGAGAGGCGUAAACAUUUUUUAAAUGUUAUCAGUCUUAAUGCACGGAAUCCAAUUGAACCUGAUAUUGAUGUAGCUAUUUUAAAAGCUUUAUUGAACGCCACUUCGGGUUCCGAGUCUGUUGUAUCAGAUAAACAACGGAAAUGUGAGCAAUUUCGUUUAGCUUUGGAAUGGAAUCGUGCCGAUAUUGUAAGAAAUCAUAUUAUGAUACACGAAGAAGAUUGGGAAAAUAGAGAAUUAACUGGCCUAUUUGAAAUAGCACUUAGUCGAAGUCAAACAGACUUUGUUAAAUUGUUUCUCGAUCAUGAUUUCUCAUUAACUGAUUUAUUUCGAGACAAAACAAAACUUCCAUUACUUUAUGUAAACAGCAUGCAAGAACAUCAUGAAAUUUCUGUCAACAAUGAUGAUCCAUUACGAACAAUCUAUCAAGAAAUGAUUCAACCGUUAAUAGGCGAUUUUUUUGAAGUGGAUGUUGCUUUAUGCACAAAAACCAAUACUUCUGACUCUCUAUUAGAUAAUGAAUAUCUUGUAGCAUGCUCCUGUUGUACGGCGCCUAGUAGACGUGAAGACUAUCAAAAUCAAAUUUCUACUGAAGGUGGUGCAAAUCUAUCUGCAGAAGCAGCUCAUGCCGAUUCGCAUAUGGACGUUGACAAAGAACUAUUUCUCUGGUCUGUAAUAACAGGUCAGCGUGAUCUUAAUUUUUUAUUUUGGGCACGUGGUAAAAACAAGAUUUGUGCUGCAUUGAUUGCUGUAAUAGUUUAUAGACAUCUUGCUCAUAAAAACAACGACAUUCGUUAUAAUCAAUCAGCGGAUGCAUUUGAAAAUUUGGCUGUAGAAAUUCUCGAUCGAUUUUAUCAAAUUAAUGCUCGUGCAUGUACAAAAGCAAUCAUACGACAAAUACCAGCCUAUGGCAACGCUACAUGGUUGGAAUUAGCAAUCAAAGCUGAAGCUAAACAGUUCAUUGCUCAACGAGCUGUACAAGAUGUACUUAAUAACAUUUGGUUUGGUUUUAUUGAUCAGAGAGAAAAUCAAAUGACAAUUAUUUUCUCGACACUUAUGCUUUGGUACAGUGGUUUUCUUCGUUAUCAUGAUGAAUUAGUUAAAACAAAUGAUCAAUCAACAUUUCUAGAUGACUCACUUAAUAAAUCAAAUUUAUUAGAACGGAAUCCAACACUGAAAACAACACGUUCUAUAGAAAAGCCAACCGAUGAUAUUCGGCUAAGAUUAAUGCAUGGUGUUGCAGAUCAAGAUCAUUCUCCUGUUGGUUUCGUCGAUGUUGGCUGUUUUGAAACGGCAAGAAGUAAAGUAAUGAAAUAUUUUGGCAAUAUUUUAAGAUUUCUACGUGCUCCAUAUGUUAAAUAUUUAUAUAGUUUAUAUUGUCAUAUGGCAUUCUUAAUACUCUUCUCCUACUUAAUAUUAUGUGAUUUUUUCCCUCUUUAUGAUAUUGACGUGGCUAUGUGUGGACUGUCAAAUGAUCCUGAAAACAUUGAAAAUGCUACGAAAACUCAUUUGAUUAAUAAAAAUGGAACUGAACUGAAGGCAACAAUUCCAUAUGGACUCCAAAAACAUGAUCAACCAGCUAUUCAAGAAUAUAUACUUUUGAUUUGGGUUUCGACGUUACUUUGUGAAGAAUUGCGACAAUUCUUUUCUGGGGAAGCACAAUCAGUGCGUAAUAAAAUUUCAGCAUAUUUUGGCGUAUUUUGGAAUCAGCUAGAUGUUGUAGCAAUACUUCUUUUUUACGUUGGUUUUGCUCUUCGACUUCUUCCAUCAGCAGAAUGUUUUUGUGCAGCACGUAUCGCUUUAUCGGUUGAUCUAACACUGUGGUUCAUGCGUACAUUAAAUAUAUUUGCAGCUAUUAAACGACUUGGUCCUAAACUUGUUAUGAUAGGUGAAAUGGUACAUGAUUUAAAAUUUUUCAUGCUGAUGUUAACUGUGUUUAUUUUGGGAUUUGGUGUAUCAUCUUAUAGUCUUAUUCAUGGUACAAAAGAAUUUAGUUGGCAUUUACCUCGUGAAAUUAUAAAUCUUGCCUAUUGGCAAAUGUUUGGAGAGUUGAAUUCAUUGGAUACGUUCGAAAGUACUUCUAUUAAUCCACAUCAACUACAGAAGACCUCAAAUAUUUCAAAAAUGAAGAAUGAUGAUGAUCGAUUCCUUGACUUAAUGCAACUAUCUUUGAUAAAUCAUAAUCGUAUAGAUAUAGAUACUGAUUCAGAACCUGAGUUAGAUACACAUAGUGAUAAUCAUUAUUACGAGGUGGUCGACAAAGAUAAUAUAACUUUUGGGAAAACUAAUCGUGGUGGUCGGGAACUUCAUAUGUGUGGUUAUUCAUACCAGGUGAAAAAAGAAAACUUAACAACAACUCGCUGGAGAUGUGCUGUUCGUUCACCAGCAUGCCCAGUAACUAUACAUACAAGCAAUGUUGAUGAUAGUGUUAUUCACUGGAAUAGUGUUUAUCACCACCAUGCUCCAAACGGAAAUCGCGAACUCAUUAAAGGAAUAAUCGCAAAAAUAAAAAGCAGAGUGUUGACUGAACCUUAUCCGGUUGUUCUCAUAGCCGAAGAAGAAAUACGUUAUGCUAAAUUUACUAAAGCACAAUUGGCUGUUAUGCCUCUUCCUAGUCAUAUGGAAUCGGCUCUGCAAAAGUAUCGAAGAAAACAUAUUCCUGCGUUACCGUCAUCACUUGAUUUCAAAAUUCCAUUGCUUUAUCAAAGUACAUGGUCUGGAGAAAAAUUCAUUAUCGCUGAUACACAGAGAAAAAAAGUUGGAGGUCGGUUGAUAAUGUUCGGCUCUAAUGAACAAGUUGAUUUACUAUUGAACAGUACAACUUGGUUCUGUGAUGGUACAUUUAAAACGAGGCCGUUAAUAUUUGAUCAAGUAUAUAUUAUACAAUGUCUUGUUGGUGAUGAAGUGUUUCCAGCUAUAUACGCGCUGACUUCUAAUCGUCAGCGUAAAACUUACGAAGAAAUGCUUAAUAUUAUAUUGGAAUUGGCUGCUAAUCGAAGGGUGGUUUUGCGUGUAAAAACAAUUGUCUCUGAUUAUGAAGAAGCUUGGCUACUAGCAGUGGAAAAAAUGUUACCGAAUGUAUGUCGAUUGGGAUGCUGGUUUCAUUUUUCGCAGGCGUGCUAUCGUAACAUCCAAAAUCUGGGUUUGACUAAACUAUAUGAAGACGAUCCAAAUAUCCGCUUGGAGCUUAAAAAGUUCAUAGCACUAGCACUACUUCCACGUGAUCAAGUGAAGAAGGGUUUUAAACGAUUGAGCAAAAAUGCCGACGAUCGAAUAAAACCAUUCGUCAGUUAUUUUAAAAACCAAUGGAUGAAUAAUAUGGGACCUGACCUUUGGUGUGUGGCUGAUUCAAUGAUCAGAACAAAUAACAGUUCUGAAGAUGGUCUCGUGCAUAAAUGUUUAAUCGCUGUUCCACAAUAUCAACAAAUGUAUCCUGCACCGAGACCUGAUGUUUCAGAAUCUCUUGAACAAAUGGUUACAAAAGGAUUUCUAUUAAAUCAAAAUAUUGUAUGGCAUAAAACUACUCAUAGUCAGAAAAGAUACUAUUGGAUAUUGAAACCUAAUGGAGAUGAUGAAAUUCGUGUUAAAGUCGGUAGUGGUGUUUAUGGUAAAGUUGAUCGUGAUCUAAGAAUAUUAACAUCUACGGUAGAAUGUAAAACAAUUGUUCAUCAGUUCUUGAACAGUUGGCAUACAAAUGGAUUUUUGCCUGGAUGGAAAUCAAUUUGGACAGUUUUCAAUAUUGAAAACUAUGAUAUAAGUGAAAGAAGAGUAAAAGCUAUUCACAGGAUUAUAAAAGAUAACGUUAGUCGAGGAGAAUUCAAAGUUAGUAAUAUGAAAAACUCUGAUAGAGAUUCAUCAAAUAUUCGACUACUUUAUGAACCUGAUUUUGAUAUUGACGAUCAAGAAGAUGGACUUCUUGCAGAGAAUGAUGCAAGCGACAAAAGUGCUAGUAUACAACAACUGCCAUCUGCUACUUUAACUCAAGAAAAUCAAACGAUGGUUGUGUCAGAACAAGAUUGUUGUAUCUAUUUAUCGUCAAAAAGUAGUGAUACAAUAAACGAUAAUGAUAAUAGAAUGGACCAAGCAACCAUCAUAAAUCAAACAUUAGAAGAAUCUACGAACACGACGACUUCUACUUGUUCACCAACAAUCAGACAAGCAAUAAAAGAUAUAUUCUCACAAGAUGAAAUAUCAUGUGGAACUAUUUUUGCUAGUUCAGAUGAUCCUGAUCCUGAUCCAGAUCCAGAUAAUUCUAUUGCUAACAAUUUUUCGAAUAUUGAUGAAACACCACGAACAUCUCUACAACCAUUAUCUCAAGUGUCUGCUGUUUCAACAAGUUAUCGUCAAGCAACGCCACCUACACCAACAACGACAACAACUAACAAUAAAAAAAAACGAAAAAGACGUCAUUACACACUUAGAGAAAUUCCAUAUAAUACAAGAACGAGAGACGCUGGAGCAGCUUCAAAAAUAGAUUGA